CUUUUUUUAAAACUACCGGUUCAGUACGAUUUAGAACGUGGAAUUUAUUCAGCUUCGUGCCUGAACGAUUUGAAGUGUUAUUACAAAAUCAAAAUCGUACAAAUUGUGCAGUGACGUUUUUGCUUCCAAACAUCGAACCUGACUGAAAAAUCAACCCAAAUGAGUUUAUUGGUUUAAGCUGGCUACCCAAGAACUUCCACAAUGCGUCUAACACUAUGUAGUUACAAGAGCAACCGACAGGCCGCAUCUCAGUGCAUAGUUGUCAUCAUUUUGCCAAUUAUAAGCAUCUUUGCGAUCGAAGCACCCGAACCAUCUUCUCUUCUGCGGCCUCGGGACAUCAAUCCGCAUCCGUACGAAAACGUUUACGAUGGAAUCAGCAUUUACGAUAAAAACGUGAUCAUCAACGGUGACAAGUUCAUGCAAAAUUUGGUGAAUCAAGGUCCCGUCCAAUUCCCACGACUGAUAAAUAGUGCUGCGAUGAACGCUUUGACUCAUCCGUAUGAAAAAUUUGCUUUGAAAGAACGUCUAGCGAAAACGGAGCGCUUCUCUGGGGCAGAUAACUUGAUCGUUAAACCAGCAUACACGGCACUUGCAAAGCAUGCUGCGCGAGUUUUAAACCACCAAGUGGUAGACGCUUACGAGGACAAUGAAAUUGAUAAUUACAAUGAAGCGACGAACCUGAAAAAACAUUAUAUUUUCUCGUACGCCGUGAAGGAUGCAGCAUCUGGGGAUGACUUUUCCCACACUCAGCAACAACAAGUCGAUGGAGCGGUCAAAGGAAGAUAUAAGGUGCAACUACCCGACGGUCGGAUGCAAAUUGUAAAAUAUAUAGCUGAUAACAAUGGAUACCGAGCGGAUGUGACUUACGAAAAUGAACCGAAUCCUAAUGCACUGCACCAUGAGCCGACAGCUCCGGAAAUCGUUCAAGUACCGGUAACAGCCGUUCCUGUAGUAUCUCCACUCGCAUCAGCGCAGCCCAUUUAUAAUUACUAUAAGGAACUACAGCAGCGCCAGCAGUAUGUACAGCAAUCAGCACCUAUCCGACGGCAUCAGCCUCAACGAACCAUUUACUACCCACAAUCCACCCCAUCGCAGAUUCCGGCUCCAUACUAUCCAUCCCGUCUUCGCGUCAACGAUGUAAAAAUUCACAGCUAUAACACAGCACCACACGCCAACAAUCUAAUUCAAUCAACAAUAGCUCCUGUCGCCCGAAGAUAUGUGAAAUAUCAACCAUCCGCGAAUCUUGCCUACGUUUCCACGACCCCCAAUCCUGCACAAAUACAAUCGAACACACUAGCACGAUCCGGUUUUGUUCCGGUGGUGGUAACGACUGCGGAUCCCUCUGCCGUACCAUAUUAUCGCGAUAUCAACAUCGCCCCACCUAGCGUACCACCGACAUACCGUAGAACUAGAAUAUUUGACAAUAGAGGAGCAGUUCCACAACCAAUUUAUACACAGGUCAACUCCGUUCAGAAUAAUGAAACACCGCUAGAUUACGAUUAUGUACAGAUUCCGAAUAGCAAUCACGUGUACAAACGAAAUAAUGACAAGGAUAGCCACGUGAGCACCGAUGCUACGGAAUCUCGGGACCAAAAAAAAAAUUAAAGCAUGACAUGGUUCAUGAUUAGUUACUGUCCUGUUACCGAAUAGCAAAAUUUAGUCGUACUGGAAUUAAGUAUUCAUUGCAUGGAAUUAAGUAUUGCAUUGCGUCUGUUGUAAAUAGAGUUUCUACCUUGAUGUAUUCGUAUAUAAUAUACCUAAAAAUUAUAAAAAAUAAAAUCGUAUGCUUUUUAUGGAAUGUACCGUACCAUUCCACCU